AGCAAUGGUACGACGUCGUAGCACACGUCAAGAUUUACCAUUAAUUGUUUGACGAAUGCUCUAAAAACGUAAAGCCCUCACUCCUUCAACAGAGUUCUUCGUUGGUUCUUCGUUGCUGCACUGCACAAAACCCUAGCUUCGUCAUAUCUCCGCUGCAACUAUGAAGCUCGUAAGAUUUUUGAUGAAGCUGAACAACGAGACUGUGUCGAUUGAGCUCAAGAAUGGCACCGUUGUUCACGGAACAAUUACAGGUGUCGAUAUCAGCAUGAACACACAUCUGAAGUCAGUCAAACUAACUCUGAAGGGAAAGAACCCUGUGACAAUGGAUCACCUAAGUGUACGGGGGAACAAUAUUCGGUAUUACAUCCUUCCGGACAGUUUAAAUCUUGAGACGUUGCUGGUGGAGGAGACACCUAGGGUCAAGCCAAAGAAGCCAACUGCUGGGAGAGCUGUGGGGCGUGGUCGGGGCCGUGGGCGUGGGCGUGGACGUGGUCGAGGCCGUUAGACAAGGUUCCAAUCAUGUGAAUUUUUUGUAUGACUCGGUUAUGUAGACAUCUGUACUGAGGAAGAUCGUAUGUUUACCCUUCCAUCCAUACUGAACUUAAAAGGUAGAACAUAUUAUCUGACAUUUCCUGGAAAUUCUUUUCCUUUGUUAAUUUGUGUUAGUUGAAGCAAGUCUCUCUGUCUCUCUCUCUCACGAGUCAUGACUAAAGCAAACUGGAGUAUGGGAUAGUUUGACCAAAUUUAUAUGUGAGAGAUUGUAAGAUGUUAAAUUGUUCGUUAAAGGGUUGCGUUAUAAUCAAUCGAUUAAAUUACAGAUCUGAUAGAAGCUGACAUUUAAAUUCCCAUUAAGCUUUUUUUUGUUUUUAAUGUCAAAUAUUUCAAUGAAAUCAGGUGAAAGGCUUUUAUCAUUUGCUGAUAUUUUCUUUAAUCGCCGAACUAUUUCAAAAAGUUCACGAGCUCUUCAAAAUCUUUUAAACCCUUUUUCUUUUCCAUGUGAAUUUUUUUUUACAAACUUUAAUUUCAAAUGAACUGUGUGAAUUCUCCUUGUAGAAUUCCCCCUUCCUCCAAAAAAAAUAUCCUUGUAGAAAGUGACACUUUCUUAAGUAUAUUUAGGUUUUAUACAUAUACAUAAAAUACAUAAUAUGAAAAACAUAAAUAAAAAUGAGUAGCUUGCACAAAUUCAGCCCUAAUUUGCACACUCUCUCUCUCAAGAAAAGAAUUUUGCUAUAUAAACCCUAACUACAAUAGAAAAAGAAAAGAAAAAAAACCCACGCGUAGCUAAUCCCAGCUCUCUCUCAAAAUUAAAAUGGCGAAGCAAAGCUCAACGAAAUCUGCUGCGAUUGUAUUCGGAGCCUUGGCUUUCGGGUGGCUCGCGAUCGAGAUGGCACUGAAGCCGUGGCUCGUGAAGACACGCUCCGCCAUGGACGAUACCGACCCCGACGACGCUGACGUGCCGCCCCGCGCCGACAAAGAUGAGGAGAAAACCGAUGAUUAGUCAGUCGUAGGUUCGCGAGAAUUAAGCUCGUUCGUUUUGAUUUAGGUUUAAUUGCCGUUUGUGUUUCUCUCUAAUUUCUUGUUAAUUAAUUAGUACUCGGAAAAUAUAUCUUAACGUAGCCUUCAUUUUAAUUUUUAAUCUAAUUUUUUUAGGUUCCGUUUUUAGGAUUUUAGCAUUUUGUUUGAGUGUGCUGGCUAAUGUGUGAAUUGUGAUUGAUUACUUUCGGCGUUUCCGAGUAAAUUCCUUCUUUUUUAGAUGAUAAGUACUUGAUUAGUAUA